ACCACCUCCUUCUCUCGCGCGCCCCUCCAUCUUAAACGACCCUUAACCCGCCGCUAUCUAUUAACGACAUGGCCGACCGUCUCGCGCAGGUUGCUGGGCAUCUUUCUAACAACUACGGCCGCGGCCUCCUAGCCGGCGAGGUCGCAAUUAUCACCGGUGCCGCCCAGGGUAUCGGUCGCAGCGCAGCACUCCUGUUUGCCAAGGAGGGCGCGAAGGUCGUCGUCACCGACCUUGACGAGAAGAAGGCACAACUUGUCGUCGACGAGAUCAAGCUCGCAGGCGGCGACGCGCUCGCUGUCGGCGGUGAUGUCGGCGCGGACGACUUCCCGGAGAAGGUCAUUACUGCCACAAUUAAGAAGUACGGCAAGAUUAACCACAUCGUGAACAACGCCGGUUUCACGUACGACCGCAUGCUGCACACGACGCCCGACGAUGCCUUCGAUGUCAUCCUCCGUGUGCACGUCCGCGCGCCCUUCCGGCUCAUCCGCGCCGCGGCGCCCCAUAUGCGCAUCAAGGGCAACACGGAGAACCGGUCUGUCAUCAACGUCUCCUCGACGUCCGGCCUGCACGGCAACGUCGGCCAGGCGAACUACGCCGCGGCGAAGGCGGCGGUGAUUGGCCUCACCAAGACUAUCUGCAAAGAGUGGGGCGGCUUCGGCGUGCGCGCCAACACCGUCGCGUUUGGUUUCGUCCAGACCCGGUUGACGGCGCCGAAGGAGAACGGCGAGACGAUCGAGGUGGACGGGAAGAAGGUCGCGCUCGGGAUUCCCGGGCAGACGAAGGGACCGAACCCGUUCGCGGGCAUCCCCCUAGGCCGCGCGGCGACGCCCGACGAGGCGGCUGGCGGCGUCCUCUUCCUCGCCUCGCCCCUCGCGUCGUUCGUGUCAGGGCACACGCUCGAGGUUACCGGUGGCGCGGGCAUUUGAGCGUAUUGCGUCCGACGAGCUUCGCUUUUUCAAAGUUGCGGGGUACCGGCGCGCGGGGACCUGUGGACCUUGUAUACUGUAACAUAUGCAAUAAGUACACUAUUAAAUGCAUGUGCGUCCGUUGACUGUGAG